AGUGAUUGUUUAGAGCAUUUUAUACAGAAUUGUAAAAAUGUCAGACACCGAACAGAAAGAGGCAAUAGCCGCGCGAGGUCGCGCCAAAGGCUCGAUCACACGUUUGAAAAACAGCUUUGACCGAGAAGCGCUCAUAAAUUCGCCGAUAGAGUUAGUGCUAGCAAAGAAAACUAGGCUUCUAGAGGCCUUUCGUGAGUAUGAGCGCCUCACUAGCAAGGUUGCCUCGCUUCUUUCCUCCCCACCAGUUACUCUCGCCACCGAUGACGAGGAGGUUGAAGACAAUUACAUUUUAUUGGUAGCUCAGUUAGAUAGCAUCAUAAAUGUUAUCCGCCAAAGGGACAAUCCUCAAGUGACUGCUCAAUCCACUACCAGCAGCGCAAAUGGCGUAAGUGUCAAGUCGGACAACCUCAAACUGCCUCGGGUCGUGAUAAAAACAUUCACAGUUGUCAAACAGCAUCUUGCUGCUCUGCAAAACCUGGGUGAGCCUGUAGAUAAGUGGGAUGCCAUAAUUAUUUGCAUCCUAUCUAAGAAGAUCGACCUGCCUACCUACAGAGCAUUUCAACUGGAGCGAAAUAACAAUGUGUCGCCCACGGUAAAGGAAUUCCUAGGUUACGUGGAAAAACGUGCCCUAGCAUUUGAAAACACUGACGUGCAAAAGGGGCCUUCGCAGAGCUUUGUCAGCCAUCCUGUAGCUGCACCAGCAAAGCCGUCAGCGCAUAAGCCUCAGCUGCAAUGUUUAUACUGUAAGUCUGCACACAGAUUAUAUAAUUGCCCGAAUUUUAAUUUAGCUUCCAUUCAUAAACGCAUGGAGUUCGCUUCAACAAACAACUUGUGUAAGAUUUGUUUGUCACAACACAAGCGCAAAUGCAAAUUUCAUUUUCGGUGUAAGGUGUGCAAGCUACAGCACAAUAGCUUAUUGCAUCAAGACAAGUCUCCCACUCCUUCUGUAACCUUGUCUGCAACAAGGAAUAGAGCCCAUAAUAUAGUCUUGCCUUCUGCUCGUGUCAAGCUGAUUACUAAGUCAGGGGUAGCAAUAUAUUGCAAGGCAUUGUUAGAUGGUUGCUCACAGGCAUCGUUCAUUACACAGAAGAUUGUCGAUUUAUUGGGGUUACCGAUGCAAAAUACUAGUUCUAAUAUAACUGGUAUCAAGAAUGCCAAGCAUAAGAUUGACAAAUGUAUAAACCUUGAUGUGCAUUCUGCUGUUUAUCCAUUCAAAAUAAAUGUCAAUUGCAAGGUUGUUGAUAAAAUAACAACAAAGUUGCCACAGAUUCCUAUUAACAAGUCGCACAUUACAUUGCCUACUAACUGCAAGUUAGCCGAUGAGAAUUUUAAUAAGCGUGGUGAUGUGGAUUUGCUGCUAGAUGCUGGUGUCUUCUUUCAGAUUCUUCUGACGCAGAUGAAGAAUAAUGGAGACCAAGCUACCAAACAGCCUUUUGUGACUGCGGGCAGUGCAAGUACUUCGGCACCGAGCUUUACAACCUCGAGUGCUGCAGCUUCGAGUACUUCAAUAGCAUGCGCCGCUACACCACAAGGCCCUACACUAGUGCAGACAUCAUUUGGCGUGAUCAUCGGUGGUCGAAUGCAGCUACCUGCAAGAAAAAAGUCUAAACAGGUAAUAUCUUUGCUGUGUAGGGAAGGCAAUGAAUAUUCAAGCGAUCUGUCAAGUGAUUUUGGGGAAACAAAAAAGGUGCCUGGAAUUUUCCUAGAUAAUUUACCAGAGCAAGACUAUUGUGAUAACCUUUUUAGGGAAUCUACGAAGCUAGUAGAUAAUACAUAUGAGGUCUCACUGCCCACUAAGGUCCCUUUAGAGAAAGUCAACUCUGAGUUAGGAAAAUCUUGUCACUUGGCACCUAAACUAGAAAAGAGGUUACAUGAAAAGAAUGAAACUCUUUUCACAAAUAGUCAUGAGGGGCAUGGGCAAUUAACCCUGCAUAAUGAAAAUUGUAUCCUUUCAGAAUAUUCACCUGUGCCCACCAAGUUGCCUGAACUGAAAGCCGAUCAUACCAGUGCUCUGUGCCUUACAACCACAGCGCACAACCCUGAUCUCUUUGAAAUAAUAAAAAAGUUUUCUACUAUAGCAAAAAUGACCCAUGUUCUUGCACAUAUUCUUAGGUUUUGCAAUAAUGUCAAACUGACAUCCCAGAAUCUUAAGGGUUUCUUAACUAUAGUCGAACUCAACAAGGCCCUCAUGUUAAUAUUCAAACAUGGGCAAGCUCAAUUAUUUUCAGAUGACUUAAAGAUGCUGCAAUCUCACAAGCAAGUUAAAGACUGA